UGGAGCAUGACAGAGAGUUUCACCAUCAGCGCUGCCACUACCGAGAGUUCAGGUUUGAUCUCUCCAGAAUCCCAGAGGGGGAAGCAGUGACGGCUGCCGAGUUCAGAAUAUAUAAGGAUUACAUCCGCGAACGCUUCGAUAACGAAACGUUCCAGAUUAGUGUCUACCAGGUACUCCAGGAGCACCCGGGAAGGGAUUCCGAUUUGUUCCUGCUCGACUCUCGAACAAUCUGGGCCGCAGAAGAAGGGUGGCUGGUGUUUGACAUUACUGCAACCAGUAAUCACUGGGUGGUGAAUCCCCAACACAAUCUUGGCCUCCAGCUGUCCGUGGAAGGCAUCGAUG